UGAAGUGCGCUUGCGCGACACCGGGUCCUGGCGGGUAGUUUGAAUUUCGCUCCGGGAGUUGAGUCUCGCGAUUCUGGACUUCCGGCCGAGACUGGAGUGGUCUACACGCUUCGCGACCGCAGUAGGUGGGCUCUUCGCUGCGGGACCCGCGCUAGGUUGGAGCCUAGAGUUGAAGAUCUUGCCAUCGGAAAGCGGGCGGAAGGCAUUGUUCGGACGGAGUGGGGGGCGCGCGGGGCCGGGCCGGGUUGGGCGGAGGAGCAGAGCUUCACUUUACCUCGCUGGCGGCUUAAAGGAUGGCCUUGUCAGAUCUGGAACAACUGUGCUCACAUAUUAAUGAAAAAAUUGGCAAUAUUAAAAAAACUCUGUCGUUAAGAAAUUGUGGUCAAGAACCUACCUUGAAGACAAUAUUAAAUAAAAUAGGAGAUGAGAUCAUUGUAGUAAAUGAACUUCUAAAUAAAUUGGAAUUGGAAAUUGAGUAUCAAGAACAAACCAACAGUUCACUCCAGGAACUCUGUGAAUCUCUCGAAGAAGAUUAUAAAGAUGUGGAACAUCUCAAAGAAAAUAUUCCUCCCCAUUUGCCUCAAGUAACAGUAACCCAGAACGUUGUUAAUGGAUCAGAUCUUGACCCUGAAGAACCAGCCAAGGUUGAGGAACCUGCACCCCCAAGGAAGCCCCCCAAAGAACAAAGAAAUAUUAAAGAAAUGCUAUUUAUAACUUCUGACGAGUUUAAUGGCAUUCCUGCGUACAUGAAAUCCCGGUUAACCUAUUGUCAAAUUAAUGAUGUUAUUAAAGAAAUCAACAAGGCAGUAGCUGGUAAAUAUAAGAUCCUCUAUCAACCAAAAAAGUCUAUGAAUUCUGUGGCUAGAAACCUCUAUCACAGAUUUAUCGAUGAAGAAACAAAGGAAACCAAAGGCCAUUAUUUUAUAGUGGAGGCUGACAUAAAGGAGUUCACAGCUUUGAAAGUUGACAAGAGGUUUCAUGUGAUACUGAAUAUUUUACGACACUGCCGGAGGCUCUCAGAGGUCCGAGGGGGAGGACUUACCCGAUACGUUAUAACAUGAGGCUCUUGUGAGCUUUUGAACCAGCCAACAGGGUAUAGAGGUUAUUCCUAGAAUUGUCUUAUAUGUAAUUUCUUUAUAUAUAAUUUCUUUAGCUUUUUCAUUUUUUUUUUGUUUCUUGUAAGAAAAUAAAACUUAAAAAAAAUAAAGUAUGUAUAUUUUAAAAUCC